AGCGUUUUCAGUGUGACACCAUCUUCAUGUCCUGCAUUAAUUUGUGUCCUCCGCCCAGCUGUCCGUCAUGGCGGGUCCUGGCCCUGACCUGAUGAGAACUCUUCUGUAUACAGUCAAUACUAUUUUACAGCAGGAAAAAUAUAAAGCAGCUUUGGCGGUUGUGAAGGGGUUCAGGAACGGAGUCGUAUAUGGGGCCAAAAUCAGAGCACCACAUGCCUUGGUUAUGACAUUUUUAUUUAGAAGUGGAAGUCUGAAAGACAAACUCAGAGCCAUUCUGAAAGCCACAUACACCCACUCAAGGAACCUGGCGUGCUUUGUGUUCACAUACAAAGGUCUCCAAGCCUUACAGCAGAAGAUCCAAGGGAAGAGCUUACAGUCGCACACGUUCCUGGCUGCCUGUGUUGGAGGAUGGUUAGUGUUUGGAGACAACAACAACAUUAAUAGCCAGAUCAACAUGUACCUGCUGUCCCGGAUCCUGUUUGCUUUGUCGCGGCUGGCUGUAGAAAAAGGACUCAUCCCUGCACCCAAACAGGACCCUUUCCCGCUCUUUGCCACUCUGGUUUGGGGAAUUGUCUUGUGGCUGUUUGAGUAUUAUCCUCACACUCUUCAGCCUUCUCUCCAGUCCUCCAUGAAUUACCUCUACCAUGACAGCAAUGUGUGGCACGACAUCUCAGACUUUCUGGUUUAUAAUAAGCCAAGGACUGCCUCACCAAAAUGAAGACUUAGUAUUUGGUUUUCUUUAUUGAGUUUCUCUUUAUGAUGGAAUUGGUGCACUACUACAAUGUUUUAUAAUGACUUUUGUUGCACUUUAGCUUUGAAUCACCCUUUUGUACAUUUUUAUUGGUGUAAUUUUCUGCUUUUUGUUAAAAUUGGGAAAUUUUCAUUAGAGAACAUUAACAGGAAUUUGGUCAGCCACUGCUUUGAACCAUUAUAGUAGAAAUAAUCAUUAGAAAAAAAGGAUUAAAAUUUUUUUUUUCAAGAUUUAUAUAGUAUGCGUUAAAAAAAUUAAAGGGUUUUCACACAAAAAAAUAAAAGUAUCAGGUGCAAGAUUCAAGUUGCUGAUGAUAAUCAUUCCAUUAAAAAAAUUAUAACUAAGUUCUGUCUUGAAAACGAUGAAUGAAACCCUGACGUUCUCAUUUUCUGGUGAUAUUUUUAGACUAUAACUAAUGACUAACCUUUACUCUAAUCGUGUGAUUCUUUGGGCUACAACAAAUCUUUUUUAUGAGUUAAUCCUCUUAAAGAUGAGGAACUCCUGUCACCACAGGUGAAAGAAGCAAAGGGUGUGCAUAUCAUGGGUUUAGUUAAUUUAUUUGGAGUGCCUGAAGGUGUGUCAUAAUUGCUUAUAACAAAUAAAGUUCUGGUUCAGAAAA